GACGAGUUAGCUUUCGAGAAGACAUCAAUACAUAUAUAUCCGCCCAACGCUGCCGAGUGAAACGGUUCAACGGGCGACUGUACGUGUUUCGUCUGCCCGCCUGAAUUAUCCAGCUGACGCCUUGCCCUCGACAGCGCCCAGUCUUGUCCUUUUCUCCCUGGUCUGUACCAUCAGCCACACAUAGACAAUGCGGCGACCCGGUAUAUCGUCGUCCGGCGCCGCCGUGGCGUGGCUGUUAGCCGUUGCGCCGCUGCCAGCGUCGGCCUUCUACUUCCCUGGAGUUGCGCCCACAUCCUACAAAGUCGGAGACGCCGUGCCAUUAUACGUCAACCAUCUCACACCCGCCGACUCGCAAGAUGACCCCAAACUGCGCUCCGUCUUUUCCUUCGACUACUACCACCCGCCCUUCCACUUCUGCCAGCCAGAAGGCGGGCCCAAGUACAUCCGCGAAAGCUUGGGGAGCAUAUUGUUCGGCGAUCGCAUACAGACGAGCCCGUUUGAGCUGAAGAUGGGGGUCAACGAGACGUGCAAGCCGCUGUGCGAGGCGCCCUACUCGCCUGAAGAUGCCGAGUUUGUGAAUAGCAAGGUGUACCAGGGCUACGAUUUGAAUUGGUUAAUAGACGGGCUGCCCGCGGCGCAACUGUUAAGGGACCCCAACUCCGAGCUGCCCUUCUACAGUCCUGGGUUUGCGCUCGGGUUGGUGGAGGAGGAGAAGCCGAUUUUCAACAACCACUACGAUAUCGUGAUUGAUUACCACGAGGCGGGUCCGGACAACUUGCGGGUCGUGGGUGUGCUGGUCGACCCCUACUCGAUGAAGGACUCGCGCAUCCUCGGUGAUGGCAAGGCCGAGUGUGGAAGCGCGCAGGCACCGGUGGUGUUGAACGACAAGGAGGAGAGCAAGGUGGCAUUCACGUACAGCAUCUACUGGAGACCCAGCCCUACCCCCUUCGCCACUCGAUGGGACAAGUACCUCCACGUCUACGACCCGAAAAUCCACUGGUUUUCUCUGAUCAAUUCCGCCGUCAUCGUUGUCUUCCUUGUUGGAAUGGUCAGCACGAUUCUUGUGCGUACCCUUAAGAAGGACAUUGCCCGGUAUAACCGUCUGGAGCAAUUCGCACUCGAUGACUUUGGCGAGAACGGCGAUGUCGAGGACGGCGUGGCAGAUGACUCUGGCUGGAAGCUGGUGCAUGGCGAUGUGUUCAGGCCGCCAAUGAACCCGCUGUUCUUGUCAGUCUUGAUCGGAAACGGAGCGCAGCUUUUCGCCAUGACUGCUCUGACCAUUGUCUUCGCCCUCCUCGGUUUCCUCUCCCCCAGCAACCGCGGCGCCCUCGGCACCGUAAUCAUAAUCUUCUACACCCUCUUCGGCUUCUUCGGCGGCUACGUCUCCUCGCGCGUCUACAAAGUCUUCAACGGCGAAAAGUGGAAACUAUGCUUCUUCUACACGCCCGUCGCGCUCCCAGGCCUCGUCUUCGCAACCUUCUUCCUGCUGAACCUCUUCGUGUGGGGCCGCGGCGCAUCGGGCGCCGUACCCUUCACCACCAUGCUCGUCGUAGUGAUAAUCUGGUUCGUCAUCUCCGUGCCCCUCAGCUUCGCGGGUUCCUGGCUGGGCUUCAAGCAAUCCGCCAUCGAAGCGCCCGUUCGCACAAACCAGAUCCCGCGCCAAAUCCCCCCUGCUGUCGGAUACCUCCGCCCCUUACCUUCCAUGGCACUCGCAGGCGUCCUCCCCUUCGGCGCUAUCUUCGUAGAACUCUACUUCAUUAUGAACUCCAUCUGGUUCUCAAAAGUCUACUACAUGUUCGGCUUCCUGUUCGUCUGCUUCGGGCUUAUGAUUAUCACGUCCGCCGCUGUCACCGUCCUGAUGAUUUACUUCCUGCUCUGUGCGGAGAACUACCAUUGGCAGUGGCGCAGCUUCUGCACUGCGGGCGCGAGCGCCGCGUAUGUGUUUGCGAGCUGCUUGCUGUACUGGAUCAAGGAUGUGAGCUUUUUGAGCUGGACUAGUGGUGUCGUGUAUUUGGGGUACUCGGCGUUGUUGAGCGCGCUGGUUUUCGUGCUUACUGGUACGAUUGGCUUCUUUGCGAGCGCCUUGUUUGUCAUCAAGAUUUAUCGCUCCAUCAAGGUGGAUUGAAGCAGCCGUGGACUGACCUUCCGAACCUCGGAUUGCGGGAGUUGGAAGAAAAGAACGAGAGGAAGAGUAGGCGAGCGCGUGAGAGGGAAAACACACUAGGCCUUGCUAGGACCUCGGGAUACUACUGUACGUUGAAUGAAAAAAACGCAAAGAGCAUUUUACGGCUGUUAUUGGGUAGACAACUUGCGCGGAGUCUGGGCGCCUUUUUGCAGGAUGGGGUU